AUGAUCGCCCUUCUCUACUACUUGGUCGCCCUCACGGGCUUUGCCACUGCCCUCUGUGCCCCCGUCACUGGCUGCUCCAUCAAGUGGGGUACCGAGACCGUCACUGGUACCGCCUCCGCCACUGGUGUCUGUCGCUACACGGUCAAGUACGGUAGCGCUGCUCGAUGGGCUACUGCCACUUCUCCUGCUUCUCAGACCGGUGUCAGCGCGACUGCCAUCCCCCCUUCGUGUCCCCAGAUCUCGUCGGUCCUCCUCGCCACCACCACCUCUGAGGACUGCCUCUACAUGACCAUCUACGCGCCUACCUCUGCCUCGUCCCUCCCCGUCUUUGCCUUCUUCCCUGGUGGCUCCAACAUCAUGGGCGGUAUUGCCUCUCCCGGCAUUGACGCCUCGGCUAUCGCCAAGGCUGGUAACAUGGUCGUCGCUGUCAUCCAGACCCGUCUGGGUGUGCUUGGUUACCUUCCCCCCGCCGUCGCGAGCACUUCGUCCGACCCCAACAUGGGUGUCACCGACGCGGUUCUCGCUCUGUCGACUAUCCAGUCCAAGAUCUCUGCGGUCGGUGGCAGUGCUACCAAGGUCACCAUCGGCGGCCAGAGCAGCGGUGCCAGCAUGGUUCGCGCUCUUAUGGGUACACCUGCUGCCAAGGGUCUCUUCCGCCAGAUGAUCCUGCAGUCGGACCCUCUCAACUAUGGCCUGCAGUCGCUCAAGAUUAUGAGCACGCUCCAGUCGACCUACUACGCCCAGUCUGCGUUCGCCGGCUGCUCCGACCUCGCUUGCUUCCGGAAGGUCUCGGCUGCCGACAUUAUCACUGCUCAGACCAACCUCGGCAACGUCGUCAUUGACCCCUCGAACGGUAUCCCCUGGGCUCCUUUCCUCCGCCCCUCGUACGGCGCCGCUACCAUCCCCAACGAGCCCACCAACUCGCUCUACUACAACACCGGUGCUCUUGCCAUCAGCCCCUCGUCCGUUCCUCUCCUCAUCACCAACGUCAAGGACGAGGCGGCCACCAGCGUCAGCCAGAUCUUCGGGUCCAAGAUCGGAGCCGCCAGCAACGCCGUCUACUACUCGGCCCUCAACUCGCUCAUUGGCGGCACCCGUGCCAACCAGAUUGUCUACUCGGCCAGCCUUACCGACUACCAGGUGCCCACCACCGGCAGCGGCGACCAGUUCCGCGAGACACUCUCGCACCUCGUCACCGACUUUGUCUGGCGCUGCCCCGCCCGUACCCUCGCUGGCAAGUACGCUGCUGCCGGCGGCAAGGUCUAUGUCGGCGAGUUCCGCCAGGGCGUGACCUACCCGCUCAACAGCGGCGUCGACCUCUGUGUCGGCAAGGUCUGCCACAUGGACGACGUUUACCCCACCUUUGACACCUCGCCUUCGCCUUCGGCCAACACCACCACCUUUGAGAACGGCAUCAUCGCCGCUUGGGCCAAGUUUAUCGCUGGCAGCGCUCCUUCAUCCACCUGGUCGGCCUUCUCGUCCGGCUCUGGCGUCUCGGGCACGGGUGUCAAGUCGCUUGGCGGUGACGGCCUCGUCGGCUCGUGCCCCACCGAGUACUGGGGCUCCAAGGUCGAGUGGGACUUCCAGAUGUUCUAA